AUGGACGCUGGCUACCUGAAGAAGGUUGGCCUGGACAUCCGUUCUGGUCCAGCGGUGGGCCUCGGUAGGACGGAUGGCCGAAGCAAUGGCACUGCUUCCCCAAAGGCGCCCGCGGCAGAGUCGCCAUCUCCGACUGCAAAGAGCAGCUUUGGCAAGGACCUUCUGGGAAAAGGCUUUGAGAGGUCGGCGGUGACGAAGGGAUCCCACCCGCCAUGGCUGGUGCCCAAUGCCGGCCACAAUGCUGGGCUGCAGGUCAUGAAUAGCCUGACUGGGGAGAAGGAGCCCUUCAGACCCCUUCAGGACAAGAAGGUCAUUUGGUACACCUGCGGUCCUACUGUUUACGAUGUGGCUCACAUGGGGCACGCCCGAGCAUACCUGACCUUCGACAUCCUCCGGAGAAUAAUGGUGAACUAUUUGGGCUUCGACGUGAAGUACCAGAUUAACAUCACCGAUAUUGAUGACAAGAUCAUCUUGCGAGCCCGGCAGAACAAGCUUUUCGACGACUUCUCAAAGGAAGCCGCAAAGAUGAAGCUGGAUGAGCUGAAGCAAGUGGUGAACACGGCAGUCGACCUGAAGGGCAAGAAGCUCGAAAAGAAGGCGCCAGAGAAGCCGGCAGCAGAUGCUCCAGCCAAGGACCAGCAGGAGUACACCACGUCUCUGUCAGAGCAUGAGCUCAAGCUUGGCCAGCACAAAGAACUGCAGUCCAAGAUCCAGGCGGCCUUCGAAAGCGGCAAGAGCAGCCUGAUUCUGGCAACCGCGCGGGACGUGCUGAUGGAGAAGCUGGAUAAGGAGCGAGGUCACACGGUGUCCGAUCACUCCAUUUUCGAUGCGCACGGUCGACACUUCGAGAAGGAGUACUUUGAAGACAUGGACGCUCUGGGAAUUCUGCGGCCGGAUGUAGUGACUCGAAUCACAGAGUACAUGGACGGCCGCGUGCAGAAGUUUAUUGAGAAGCUAGAAGAGAUGGGAGUUGCCUAUGGCUCUGCCGGCAGCGUCUACUUUGACAUCGCCUCCUUCCAGAAGAUGGGCUACCACUACAGGAAGCUCGUCCCUGCGCUGUGCGCAACUGCGAAGGAGAUGGAAGAAGGCGAGGGCGCUCUGGCCGCAGAGGAUGCCGAGAAGCGGAGCCCCAACGACUUUGCUCUUUGGAAGAAGUCGAAGCCGGGUGAGCCAGCUUGGGACAGCAAGUGGGGCCCUGGACGCCCCGGUUGGCACAUAGAGUGCUCUGUCAUGGCCACGGAUAUCAACGGUGAGUACCUUGAUAUUCAUGCUGGUGGUGAAGACCUAAAGUUCCCGCAUCACGACAACGAGAUGGCGCAGUCAGAAGCCUACUUGCAGAGAUCCCAGUGGGUGAACUACUUCUGGCAUGCUGGCCAUCUACACAUCGAAGGCCUGAAGAUGUCAAAGUCCCUGAAGAACUUCAUCACGAUUCGCCAAGCCCUGGGCAUGCACUCGGCUCGGCAGCUGCGGAUGAUGUUCCUCAUGCAGGCCUGGGACAAAGGCAUGAACUACUCGGAUCAGGCCAUUGACAUGGCAAAAGUUGAAGAAAGGCGAGUCAAGCACUUCCUGGGCAGUUUGGACUUCUGGCUGCGUCAGCCCCAUGGCCAGAAACCCUCUGACAAGGAAGCCAAGAUAGAGGCUGCUGUGGCCUCUUGCAAGGACACCAUCCACGCAGCCCUCCUCGACAACUUCGCUACACCAAGAGUCAUUGAGGCACUUUCCAAGCUGGUCGUGGAGUGCAAGGUCGCCUUCGAGUCUCUGCCGGACCUUUCCCUCGAGCCCUUGGUGAAGGCUGCGCAGCUGGUGGAGUCCACACUCUCCAUGCUUGGCGUGGAAGGCCUCCGUAUCGUGCGGGAGCCCAAGGAAGCUUGGACGAAGAGUGUUGAUGCCUUCGCAGACCUCCGUCAGUCUGUGCGCGACUUCGCGAAGGAGAAGGACGCAGCAAAGCGCAAAAAGCUCAUUGAGGAAGCUGCGGCGAAGGCGGCGCCCAGCGUUGCCACGGCCCGGAGCGCUGGGCUCAAGGAGCUGGCAGACGCGCUGGACAGCUUCCAGAAAGAUGUGACCAGCCUCGCGGGUGAGCCUCCUGCGAAGCUCCUCCCCCGCUGCGACCAGGUGCGAGACGUUGAUCUUGUUCGCCUGGGCGUGCGGCUAGAGGACCGAGGAAAUGAGGGCUACGUGUGGAUGUUCGAGCAGAGGGAGACCUUGGAGGCCGAACAGAAGGAGGCAGAAGAGAAGGCCAAGGAAGCCGCCCAGCAGAAGAUUCGCAACAAGCUGGACCAGAAAGAGAAGGAGCUCAGAGUUGCGGAGAAAGCGGCUGUCGCUCCAAAAGAUUUGUUCCAGAAUGGCAGCAACAAAGGCGUUUACGCCGAGUUUGAUGCCGAGGGGGUUCCCACCAAGCUCGCGAGCGGUGAGGAGGUCAGCGCGAAGAAGAAGAAAGACUUGGCCAAGGAGCUGGCCAAGCAGCAGAAAGAUUUUGAAAAGCUGCAGAAGCAAGCAGGGGAAGCAGGAAUUGAUGCCUUCCUUGCAAAGAUGAGGUCUGAGGUUGAAGAGAUGAAGAAGCAACUUCGGUAG